AUAGUGCAUCAUUCACAGAAUAACGCAAGAAAACGGUGCAAGAGAGACGCGAUCUAUCAAACGAAACAUCAAAAGCACCGGCUGUUCGCUCAGCCUGUACACUGGCGGCAACUGCUUAGUCCACUGCGAGGUUAAUCCGGCACGAAGACGACGACACCGAUGGUGCGGCCCUAUAGGCGCCCGGCCGACAGUUGACGAUGACGCCCGGGCGCACGGCCAAGACGCGGUCGUGCCCGAUGCACCCGGGUGUGCGUUUCAAGAGGCUCCCCUUCUACAAAGUCCUGGCCAAACUCCUCAUACCGACGCGCCUCGAGACCAGCGGAAGCGCAGACUGGCAGCAAAUGCGUCUUCAUUUCCAGUUCGGGCCGCAGCACUUGACGGAUAUUCGCUCGUCGUUGACGCAUACAGCGGCAUCGAUUCCGGAGUUCGAGGUGCAAGUGCACCUUCGGUUCCGCUUGCUGGGCAGGAGCCGCGAGCAGGACGACAGCUACCCUUCCGAUCUGGCCAUAAAGGUCAACGACCGGACCGUUGCACUGCCAGCGCCGAUUCCCUCCAAGGUCGCCGGCGGAGCGACCGAAUGGAUACACCUGCCCAUCAACAUCGUCACCUCCUGUUACCUGUCACAGUCCGUGAGAAACCAGGUUUCGGUAACCUGGCGGCCCGUACGCGACCGCGAGUACGUCGCCGCUGUGUUCCUGGUGCGGAAGCUGUCGGUAGCGACGAUUCUCAGCGGGCUGCAACAGAGAAGUACGCAGAGUGCAACCCGGACGAGAGCGUGGGUCAAGAAGAAGGUGCAGCGCCGGGCAAAUACCGACGAUAUCGCGGUGACGAGGUUUCACGUUCCGCUCGCGUGCCCCCUGAGCCGGACGCGAAUGAGCGUCCCGUGUCGCGGUCGUGCGUGCAAGCACCUGGAGUGCUUCGACGCGUUCAACUACCUGCAGGUCAACGAGAGGAGGCCCGCGUGGACGUGUCCCCUGUGUGGCAAACCGGCCGCCUUCUCGUCGCUGGUCGUCGAUCAGCUGUUCGUAGACAUCGUUGCGAGGGCGCCCGGCGACUGCGCCAGCGUCGUUUUCCACAAGGACGGGUCCUGGGCUCCGUCGGCGUCCCGGAAGGAGGUUUGUAACCUCGACGAUGACGUCGCCACUACCGCUUGCGCGACACCGCCUUCAUCUACUGCUCGGAGUUCACCACCACCUUCGAGGUCCUCGCCUGUCGAACGUUUCGAGCGGCCCAGCAAGCGGCCUAAGGUGGAGGUUGUUGACUUGACCGAGCUCAGCAGCAGUGACGAGGAGGACGGGGCCGGUGCUGCAUGCCGUGAAGUCUAGAGGCGCUAAUGCCUGUGCGGGUAACACCGGAACACUUGCCCUGGACCUAUAGCGGGAACCUAUAGCGAAACGUUCCCGGCACCACUGCAUCCUGCCUCCACCCUUGUAUCAUCUGUGGCGAGAUGACGUCACCACAGGGAUCGGCGAUGCAUCGCCGAUCUCUGUGGUGCCACAUUUCAAGUGGGCGAAGUCGUAACACGAAAAUGCAAGCAUUAAUUAAGUACUUCAGUUGCCCAGUAUCCAUGAGCAUGUGGAUGCAGCGCGUUAUUUUGAUUCACUUUUAUGGCACCGUUUAAACGAGUCGCACAAAAUUUGGCGUGCCUUAAUAUUAACGUGUACGACUGAGUGCAGCCGCGUAUUUUUCACUGCUGCGUCGAAAGUGCCCAUCGGUGUAAUGACCUGUUUUCUUGGCGCGAGCAUUUAUAUAAAUGGGGCUUUCCGGAUUUUAUUGCUCUCGUGCUGCAAUGCUAAGAGUAGUUAGGUAGGAUGAAUCGAGCGGCUCGGUUCUGAAUGGAUUGCAAUGUUUUGUCAUAGUUUGAUUGGAAAGCCUCAAAAACAGGGGGCACGGGCGUAUACUUAAGUUUGAGACGUAGAAUGGCUUAUAUAGACACAAUUUCACAGAAGGGCAGAUGAAAGGUUAUGACGUAGCAAAGUACUCGGCUAGCAGAAUUUUAUGUGGUUGGUACGACCGUGGGUAUGUGCACACAAAUGUAUAUGUGAAAGAAUCUGCAUGCAUGAGUUAUGCUGCAAUUAAUGUAAGAUUUAGGGAAGAUAAGUUACGAUGGUGGUGGAAAAUAAAGUUCAGCAAUGUGGUAGUCUGGGCA